UAUAUAUAUAUCCUACACUAUCUCACCCUAUUCAUUCCAAUCCAAACCACCACAUCUUCUUCCACCACCACUACAAUCAUGACAACACCACCACCCCCCACCACCCUCCACGGCGGCGAUCACAUCCACCAACCCCGGCGACUCCCUGAUUUCCUCCAGAGUGUCAACCUCAAGUAUGUUAAGUUAGGCUACCAUUAUCUAGUCACCCACCUCUUCACUCUCUCUCUACUCCCUCUCAUAACCUUUGUAAUCCUCCAAGCUUCCCAAACGGACUACCAAGACAUUCACAAUCUCUACCUCCACCUCCAAUACAACCUCGUCACCGUAAUCAUGUCGUUGACUCUCUUAGUAUUCGGGUCCACGGUCUAUCUCAUGACCCGACCUAAAUCCAUUUACCUCGUUGACUACUCCUGCUACCGACCCCCGAACCACCUCCGGGCCUCGUUACACCGCUUCAUGGAACAUUCCCGACUCACCGGCGAUUUCGACCAGUCGUCCCUCGAGUUCCAACGCAAGAUUCUUGAACGUUCGGGUCUCGGCGACGAGACCUGUGUACCGGCGGCGAUGCAUUUUAUUCCGCCGCGUCCCACCAUGUCCGCCGCCAGGGAAGAAGCGGAGACGGUUAUGUUCGGCGCUCUCGACAACAUUUUCGCUUCCACCAACGUUAAACCCAAGGAAAUCGGAAUACUAGUCGUGAAUUGCAGUCUUUUUAAUCCAACUCCUUCUUUAUCUUCCAUGAUUGUGAAUAAAUAUAAGCUCAGAGGCAAUAUCAGAACAUUCAAUUUGGGGGGAAUGGGUUGUAGUGCAGGUGUGAUCGCCAUCGAUCUCGCGAAAGACAUGUUACAAGUUCAUCGAAACACUUAUGCUGUCGUUGUUAGCACCGAAAACAUUACUCAGAAUUGGUAUUUCGGAAACAAAAAGUCUAUGUUGAUACCCAAUUGCUUGUUCAGAGUGGGCUGCGCCGCCAUGCUUUUAUCGAACAAACCUGCCGAACGAAAGCGUGCAAAAUACAAGCUCGUUCACGUGGUGAGAACUCAUUGCGGUGCCAAUGACCAGGCAUUCAAUUGCGUUUAUCAAGAACAAGACAACAAUGGCAAAACCGGUGUUUCGCUGUCGAAAGAUUUAAUGGCAAUUGCCGGACAAGCUCUCAAAACAAACAUCACCACAUUGGGUCCUCUGGUUUUACCGAUCAGCGAGCAGCUUCUCUUUUUCUCGACCCUUGUCGGGAAAAAAUUGCUGAAUCUGAAGAUUAAGCCUUAUAUCCCGGAUUUUGAGUUGGCUUUUGAUCAUUUCUGCAUACACGCGGGUGGCAGGGCGGUUAUUGAUGAACUGGAGAAAAAUUUGCAGCUUUCGCCUGAGCAUGUUGAGGCGUCUCGGAUGACUCUGCAUCGAUUUGGGAACUCUUCGUCGAGUUCGAUCUGGUAUGAAUUGGGUUAUACAGAGGCCAAAGGGAGGAUGAGAAAGGGGAAUCGAGUUUGGCAAAUUGCGUUUGGAAGUGGGUUUAAAUGUAACAGUGCGGUGUGGGAAGCACUGAGGAAUGUGAAGCCAUCGAAUCACAGUCCUUGGGCUGAUUGCAUUGAUAGGUACCCAGUUGAGCUAGUGAGUUGAUGAACUGAUUGGCGAUGAAGAUUGUUACUCUGUUUGAUGGAUUGUCUUGUGAUCAAUUUGUGUCACUAUUUUUUUAGCUUUGUUGGGUUUUGGUUUGUGUACUUUGAACCUAGAAGGCAUACAGUGAUUUUUUUGCUCUUGGAUGUUUAAAAAGUGUGUUUGUUCUGUGAUCUCUUCAUACUUGUUGAAAAGUAAUGGAUUUGGAAAAGAAAAUGAUAAUGUUAAUGUAUUAAAAUGUCUGAAAAAUGUAUUAAAAUUUUAUAAGUCAAAUUUAAUUGAAAAU